AUGGUCUUCAACUAUUCUGUGCUUGGACUACUACUCGGGAUUUUGGCCAAUGAUCCACACCUUUUUGUAAAAUGUUUUGAGAACGUUUUUCAUGUGCAUACUAGCUUCUGAUGUAGUGUGAGAU